AAUAAAAGAAAAAAAAAAGGUCGAACCAGAUCAGAUCAGACCCACGCAAAUCACUUCCCCAUUCCCUCGCCGCCGCCGCCGCCGCCCCGUCGAGAUCCUCCUCCGCGGCGGCGCCGCCAUGCUCCGGCUCCGUUGCAGCCUCCUCUCCCAGCUCCUCUCGUCUUCCCCCGCCUCUCCCAUCUCCCACCUCAGCCGCCUCUUCUCCGCCGCCGCGCCCGCCGUCUCCCCGAACCCUAGCUUCGCGGUGGCGGACUACCUCGUCGCCACCUGCGGCCUCACCCGACCCCAGGCCCUCAAGGCCUCCGCCAAGCUCUCCCACCUCAAAUCCCCUUCCAAGCCCGACGCUGUCCUCGCCUUCCUCGCCGGCCUCGGCCUCUCCGGCGCCGACGUCGCCGCCCUCGUCGCCAAGGACCCCAAGUUCCUCUGUGCCAGCGUGGAGAAAACCCUGAGCCCCAUCGUCGUCGGGCUCACCGGCCUUGGCCUGUCGCGUUCUGAGAUCGCACGCCUGGUCUCGCUCAGCCGCGCCCAGUUCCGCUGCAGAUCCAUCGUCUCAAAUCUGCAAUACUGCCUGCACCUCUUCGGCUCCUUUGAGAAGAUCCUCGCUGCUCUCAGGUACGGCUUAUGCCUUCUCGCAGCCGACCUCGAGACAGUGGUCAAGCCCAAUGUUGCCUUCCUGCGUUCCUGCGGGCUAGGUGACUGUGACAUUGCCAAGUUGUGCAUCGCUGAACCAUGGCUGCUCGCCUCAAACGUAGAGUGCGUCCGGGCAAUGGCAGCACGCGCCCAAGCUAUUGGUGUGCCCUGUGGCUCUCGGAUGUUCAGGCACGCGCUGAAGGCUGUUGCAUUCCUCAGCAAUGAGAAGAUCGCCGCCAAAGUGGAGCAGUUGAAGAAGAUGUUCAGGUGGUCAGAUGCCGAGGUGCGCAUUGCUUUGUCCACGCUUCCAUCUGUGCUGAUGAGGUCUAACCAUAUGCUGGAGAGCAAGUCAGAGUUCCUAAUCUCCAAGGUGGGGUUUGAACCAGCAUAUAUUGCUCAUCAUCCGGCAUUGCUCACAUACAGCCUGGAGGGCCGGAUCAUACCCCGCUACUAUGUUGUAAAGUUUCUCAAGGAAAAUGGACUGCUGGAUCAUAACCGGAGCUACUAUUCUGCAGUCAUUGUGAUGGAGAAAGUAUUCGUGGACAAGUACAUAUCCCCUCACAAGGAAGUUGCACCAUACCUUGCUGAAGACUAUGAUGCCGCUUGCAGAGGGGAAGUGCCGACUAGAUUCAAAUUUACAUGAAAAUUGGUAACAGUACGGCACAACGAUAUUUUUUACAUUCCGUGUUAUGCUAUUCAUUCCUGAUUUGGUGUUCUUGGCCUAACUGAAUUGUAGCUGUCUGCUAUUGAUAAUCUAUAGUAUGUUCGUUACAUGCUGAUUUGAUGGUGCUAGUCUAGGAUGAAAUUGGCAAUCUGAUAUGAGAGUAUUGGUAUGCUCAUUAUGACAUUCAGUUAGAGAAGAAAGCAUCAUACUACUGCUUGUGAACUCUAAGGUCACACUGACAUACAUAUUGGAUUUACGGGAAUCUUUGUGAAAACCAUGGAGCGGCUGCUCCAGCCAUGGAUACCCUUCAUUUCCACCUCGAGAUAGGAGCCAUGUCAGAGAAAGCAAUGCAAAGUACUAAGCACUCUCUGACACAUAUCCCCACAAUAUUACGUUUGAAAUGGAUGGCGUCCAAGAGUGGACCAGUGGUUUCAUGGAGGUGCACCUCAAUCUGUAUUUUCAUGAAAGAAGGUUCUCAUUUUGGCCAAAGAUGACACAGACUUCCAAAGUUUCUCUGGAUGGAAGUAUGGUUAUCACCGCCAAGGAUGCAGUUUGGAUCUAGUAUGUUGGUUGCUUGCUCUAGUUCUUCUAAGAUGAAAAUCUUUGUUCAUAGUCGGAGCUGCGUUGUUUGGCCGCAGGUCGACAUGUUGUCGAUAUGGGUGGGCUUUGCCCUGUGUGUCUCAGUUUAUGGGAGUGGGCUUGGCCCUUGUUGUUCCGGUUUUUGUCCGGUUUUCCAUAAUUAACUGGGCAAUUCUCUUCUGCUUAUUUAAUAGAUGAGGCAAUCUUUGCCUCCGUUUCAAAAAAAAAAUAAAAAAUCUUUGUUCAUCCAGCAGUAGCUUUGCUUAUAAAACUGUUGGGAAAGCAAGUCAUUGUGUACUACUCAGUAGUUUGUAUUCAGUUUUCCCCUUAUAUUCUUUGAUUGAUGGCCUACU